AUGGUUACAUUCACGAACAGAAUGCUGGAGGUGUUAAGACUGCAGACAGUUGGAAAGGAAGCGGGCGUGGGAUGUGAGGAGGUCUUCCUCCUUUGCUUGGUUCCUCCCCCUCCCCCUGGAAAUGCUCUCGAGCUUCUCUGGAGUCAGCUCCUGGAUUUUCUAGGACAGUCCUUCACCAUCCUCCUCCUUAUUGCUCCUGUGCCUUAUCACCACUUCGUUCUCUAUAAACUGAAAUUGGGUUUUUGUGUACUUUAUGAAUCUGAGGCGAAAUUAAAAUCUAGUCAGAAUCAAGGUGUCAGCUGGGAUGCAGGGUCUUCUUACAAGCUCAUUGGUUCCGCACUCCCAGCUCACCGAGCCUGCGACCAGUUUAAGACUGGAUGUGUAAAUACCACCGAAGUGGACAUCAAGAAGUCAUCCAGAAUGAGAAACCCACACAAAACACACAAGUCUGUCUAUGGUUUACAAAAUGACAUCAGAAGUCACAGCCCUACCCACACCCCCACACCAGAAACUAAACCUCCAACAGAAGAUGAGCUACAGCAACAGAUUAAAUACUGGCAAAUACAGUUAGAUAGACAUCGGUUAAAAAUGUCAAAAGUUGAUGAUAGUCUGUUAAGUUACACGGAACAAUACUUAGAAUAUGACCCAUUUCUUGUGCCACCUGACACUUCGAACCCAUGGCUAUCUGAUGAUACUACUUUCUGGGAACUCAAAGCAAGCAAAGAACCAAGCCAGCAGAGGGUAAAGCGAUGGGGUUUUGGCAUGGAUGAAGCAUUGAAAGACCCCAUUGGGAGAGAACAGUUCCUUAAAUUUCUAGAGUCGGAAUUCAGUUCAGAAAAUUUAAGAUUCUGGCUAGCCAUGGAGGACUGGGCUAUUCGAGAAGUCCCUUCCCGAGUGCAGGAAAUAUGGCAAGAAUUUCUGGCUUUCAGAGCCCCCAGCGCCAUUAACUUGGAUUCUAAGAGCUAUGACAAAACCACACAGAAUGUGAAGGAGCCCGGGUGGUACACGUUCGAGGACGCUCAGGAGCAUAGUUACAAACUGUAGAAAAGUGAUUCGUAUCCACGUUUUAUAAGAUCCAGUGCCUACCAAGAGCUUCUACAGGAAAAGAAAAAGGGGAAAUCUCUCACAUCAAAGAGGUUAACAAGCCUCAUUCAGUCUUACUAAAAGGAUCACCUUGUAGCAUGGAAGAGACUGGAGUCACUGCAUAUACUUUGUAGCUCUUUGUUAUUACCUGGAGCAGAGGACAUUAGACCAAGAUGUUGCAUGAGUAAAGGACCUGAAUUGUUCUCUCUUUGUGUACAUUAAGGCGUUGCCAUUUCAAGUGACUCUACCAUCUCGAUGCCUCCAUUUCAAAAUGUUGUCUGCUUACUUUCUCCUUGUACUACGCUGGAUCUGUGUCUUUUCCUUUUUAACAAGUUCAAGUGAAGUAAACCUUUUUUCCCCCUUUCUCUUUCUCUUAAAGCUUCUGCUAG